CCAUCUUUGGAGUGGUCACCUCCCUCCUCCUGCCAGAAGUCCCGCCCACUUCCGGCGUCUCCGGAAGCGUUGUCGGUUGCCAUGGCGCUGGGCGGCGCGGCCCCGCCCCCGGGAGCGGCAGCGCUUCGGGCAGGGCCGCGGCCCCGGCAGCGGCAGGAGCUUCGUCCCGGCGCGCCGGCGACACCGAACGAGCGGCGGCGAAUGGUGGUCGAGCAGAAGUUUGGCGGCGCGCCGAUCGUCUCCAUCGCACCACGCCGGUGAACUCAGCACCCUCCCGCGCUUUUGGGUGCUAAGAAAGGGCGUCGCGCAGCGUGGGACAUGAUCCCGAAGCGCCGAUCGGCGGCACCGGCGGUGAAGCCGUGGGGAAGCGUCACCACCCGGGGCUGAGCCGACCCCGCCGGCGCAGGGUGAUGGUUGUGGGGGAGCCGGCGGCUCCGCACCCCGUUCCCGCUGCCGUGGGUCCCGGCGCGGCGCCAUGGCCGAGCACGCGGAGCUGUUGGCCGAGAUGGCGGCGGUGGCGCGGCUCAGCACCCCCGAGCGCCUCAAACACGCCCAAAAACGCCGGGCCCAGCAGCUGAAGAAAUGGGCUCAGCUGGAGAAGGAGCCGCCGGUGGGAGCCGAGAGGAGGAGGAAGAGGAGGAAGAGCGGCGGCCGCUCCAGGACGGUGACGUUUCCCGACAGCGUCCGGCUGUUGGAGGCGGCCGCCCGGCGCGACGCCGAGGAAGUCCGGCAGUUCCUGGCAAGCGGCGUCAGCCCCGAUCUCUGCAACGAGGACGGUCUCACCGCGCUGCACCAGUGCUGCAUCGACGACUUCGGUGACGUGGUGACGACGCUGCUGGACGCCGGCGCCGACGUCAACGCGCGGGACAGCGAGCUCUGGACGCCGCUCCACGCCGCCGCCACCUGCGGCCACCUCCGCCUGGUCCAGCAGCUCAUCCAAUGCGGCGCCGACCUCCUCGCCGUCAACUCGGACGGCAACAUGCCCUACGACCUGUGCGAGGACGAGGAGACGCUGGACUGCAUUGAGACGGCCAUGGCGGAGCAGGUAUCCCCCUUGUCACCUCGGUGUCCCCUUUGUCACCUCUAUGGCCCCUUUGUCACCUUCAUGUUCCGUUUGUCACCUCUAUGUCCCUUUUGUCACCACCAUGUCCUGUUUGUCACCUCGGUGUCCCCUUUGUCACCUCGAUGUCCCCUUUGUCACCUCCGUGUCCCCUUUGUCACUCUGGUGUCCCCUUUGUCACCUCAGUGUCCCACUUGUCACCUCCAUGUCCCGUUGUCACCUCAGUGUCCCCUUUGUCACACCAAUGCUCCCUUUGUUACCUCAAUGUUCUCUUUGUCACCUCGGUGUCCCCGUUGUCACCUCGAUGUCCCUUUUGUCACCUUGGUAUCCCCUUUGUCACCUCUAUGUCCCUUUUGUCAGCUCCAUGUCCUGUUUGUCAUCUCAGUGUCCCCUUUUGUCACCUCAGUGUCCCUUUUGUCACCUCAGUGUCCCCUUUGUCACCUCUAUGUCCCUUUUGUCACCUCCAUGUCCCGUUUGUCACCUCGGUGUCCCCUUUGUCACCUCUAUGUCCCUUUUGUCACCUCCAUGUCCCGUUUGUCACCUCGGUGUCCCCUUUGUCACCUCAAUGCUCCCUUUGUCACCUCAAUGUUCUCUUUGUCAUCUCUGUGUCCCCUUUGUCACCUCAGUGUCCCCUUUGUCACCUCAGUGUCCCCUUUUUCACCUCAGUGUCCCUUUUGUCACCUUGGUGUCCCCUUUGUCACCUCCAUGUCCCCUUUGUCACCUCCAUGUCUCUUUUGUCACCUCCAUGUCCCGUUUGUCACCUCCAUGUCCCCUUUGUCACCUCCAUGUCCCCUUUGUCACCUUGGUGUCCCCUUUGUCACCCUGGUGUCCCCUUUGUCACCCUGGUGUCCCUGUUGUCACCUCGAUGUCCCCCUUGUCACCUCGAUGUUCCCUUUGUCACCUCUGUGUCCCGUUUGUCACCCUAGUGUCCCCUUUGUCACCUCAGUGUUCCCUUUUGUCCCCUUGGUGUCCCCUUUGUCACGUCGGUGUCCCCUUUGUCACCUUGAUGUUCCCUUUUGUCACCUCGAUGUCCCGUUUGUCACCCUGGUGUCCCCAUUGUCACCCUGGUAUCCCGUUUGUCACCCUGGUGUCCUGUUUGUAACUUCUAUGUCCCCAUUGUCGCCUCGAUGUCCCCUUUGUCACGUCGGUGUCCCGUUUGUCACCUUGAUAUUCCCUUUGUCAACUCCGUGUCCCGUUUGUCACCUCAGUGUCCCCUUUGUCACCUUGGUGUCUUGUCUGUCACCCUGGUGUCCCCAUUGUCACCUCCAUGUCCCCUUUGUCACCUCUAUGUCCCUUUUGUUACCUCCGUGUCCCGUUUGCCACCUCCGUGUCCCGUUUGUCACCUCGGUGUCCCGUUUGUCACCUCAGUGUCCCCUUUGUCACCUCCAUGUCCCCUUUGUCACCCUGGUGUCCCCUUUGUCACCUCAGUGUCCCCCUUGUCACCUCCAUGUCCCGUUUGUCACCUCCAUGUCCCGUUUGUCACCUCCAUGUCCCCUUUGUCACCUCAUGUCCCCUUUGUCACCUCGGUGUCCCCUUUGUCACCUCAGUGUCCCCUUUGUCACCUCAGUGUCCCUUUUGUCACCUUGGUGUCCCCUUUGUCACCUCCAUGUCCCUUUUGUCACCUUGGUGUCCCCCUUGUCACCUCCAUGUCCCCUUUGUCACCUCAUGUCCCCAUUGUCAUCUUGGUGUCCCCAUUGUCACCUCGGUGUCCCCUUUGUCACCUCAGUGUCCCUUUUGUCACCUCAGUGUCCCCUUUGUCACCUCCAUGUCCCCUUUGUCACCCUGGUGUCCCCUUUGUCACCUCAGUGUCCCCCUUGUCACCUCAGUGUCCCUUUUGUCACCUUGGUGUCCCCUUUGUCACCUCGGUGUCCCCUUUGUCACCUCCAUGUCCCGUUUGUCACCUCGGUGUCCCCUUUGUCACCUCAAUGCUCCCUUUGUCACCUCAAUGUUCUCUUUGUCAUCUCUGUGUCCCCUUUGUCACCUCAGUGUCCCCUUUUUCACCUCAGUGUCCCUUUUGUCACCUUGAUGUCCCCUUUGUCACCUCCAUGUCCCUUUUGUCACCUUGGUGUCCCUUUUGUCACCUCCAUGUCCCUUUUGUCACCUUGGUGUCCCCUUUGUCACCUCAAUGUCCCCUUUGUCACCCUGGUGUCCCCUUUGUCACCCUGGUGUCCCCAUUGUCACCUCGGUGUCCCCAUUGUCACCCUGGUAUCCCGUUUGUCACCCUGGUGUCCUGUUUGUAACUUCUAUGUCCCCAUUGUCGCCUCGAUGUCCCCUUUGUCACGUCGGUGUCCCGUUUGUCACCUUGAUAUUCCCUUUGUCAACUCCGUGUCCCGUUUGUCACCUCAGUGUCCCCUUUGUCACCUUGGUGUCUUGUUUGUCACCCUGGUGUCCCCAUUGUCACCUCCAUGUCCCCUUUGUCACCUCAUGUCCCCAUUGUCAUCUUGGUGUCCCCAUUGUCACCUCGGUGUCCCCUUUGUCACCUCAGUGUCCCUUUUGUCACCUCAGUGUCCCCUUUGUCACCUCUAUGGCCCCUUUGUCACCUUUGUGUCCCCUUUGUCACCUCAGUGUCCCCUUUGUCACCUCGGUGUCCCCCUUGUCACCUCGGUGUCCCCUUUGUCACCUCGGUGUCCCCUUUGUCACCUCAGUGUCCCUUUUGUCACCUCAGUGUCCCCUUUUUCACCUUGAUGUUCCCUUUUGUCACCUUGGUGUCCCCUUUGUCACCUCCAUGUCCCUUUUGUCACCUUGGUGUCCCCCUUGUCACCUCCAUGUCCCGUUUGUCACCUCGGUGUCCCCUUUGUCACCUCAAUGCUCCCUUUGUCACCUCAGUGUCCCCUUUUUCGCCUCAGUGUCCCCUUUGUCACCUCCAUGUCCCGUUUGUCACCUCGGUGUCCCCUUUGUCACCUCGGUGUCCCCUUUGUCACCUCCGUGUCCCCUUUGUCACCUCAGUCUCCCCCUUGUCACCUCCAUGUCCCGUUUGUCACCUCGGUGUCCCCUUUGUCACCUCAAUGCUCCCUUUGUCACCUCAAUGUUCUCUUUGUCAUCUCUGUGUCCCCUUUGUCACCUCAGUGUCCCCUUUUUCACCUCAGUGUCCCUUUUGUCACCUUGAUGUCCCCUUUGUCACCUCCAUGUCCCCUUUGUCACCUCAGUGUCCCCCUUGUCACCUCCAUGUCCCCUUUGUCACCUCGGUGUCCCCUUUGUCACCUCAGUGUCCCUUUUGUCACCUCGGUGUCCCCUUUGUCACCUCCAUGUCCCGUUUGUCACCUCCAUGUCCCGUUUGUCACCUCAAUGCUCCCUUUGUCACCUCAAUGCUCUCUUUGUCACCCCAAUGUCCCCUGUGUCACCCCGGUGUCCCGUUUGUCACCGUGUGUCCCGUUGUCCCCGGUGUCC